AUGGUUCCAAAAUCCUGGAGUCGCCACUGCCUGUACCAACCACUCCAAAGGGAAAUUCCAAGAGUUGAAGCUAGGCAUUACAUUUCUGUUUAUGAAAAGGAUGCUUCUAGGAAUCGACUACAAAUGUUACACAAGGAAGAACUCUGCCAGAUCUCCAGGUGGUGGAAAGACUGGGACCUACGGCCACAUAUUCCUUACGUGAGAGACAGUGGAGUGUUUUUUCUAUUCUACAGCAAUGAUAUCUAUGAGGCUCAUGGUACCUAUGAAGAACUCAAAUGUUUCACAAAUGCAGUGCAGAGGUGUGACAUGAAUGCGAUUGAUCAACUCCCAAAGUACAUGAAGCCAAACUACGAGGCUCUCUUAAAUGUUCAUGAUGAAAUUUACCAGGAGAUGGCAAAGAAAAAAUUAAACUACGGCGUCUAA